GGAGGCGGAGGCUUGUGGAGCCUCAUCUCAUGAAGCUCGAAUCUUCUUCAGUGCUCAGACAGAACCAACCAGAAGAGAUCCGAGUCCAGUUUGAGGCGCUGGAGGUUUAGGUCCUUCCCAGAAGCGGUUCGUGCGUAAAACUGGUUUGUGAAUGUGACUGAGCGACUGCUGCUGUUUGGAGCUCACCGCGGCUGUGAGCCUCUGAGGACAACUUCAGCUGGAACCUUUGCUUCUUCUGCAGCAGCAACUCCGCGUUUUCCUGCGCGAUAACCGUGGAUCUGCGUGUCGGUGGGAAUUAAACUCGCAUCGGAAUGACUGAUGACCGAUGAUCACAAAGGCUUUCCCCGCUGAUGGCAGUGAUGGAGAAUGUGACGUGGCCUCACCAAUCAUACGUCCCUCAUUAUCUCCUCCGUGGUGACCCCUUUGCCUCGAAACUCUCCAGGGAGGCGGAUAUCAUUGCAGCCUUGUACAUCUUCAUCAUAGGAAUCAUGUCGGCAACAGGAAACGGCUACGUUAUUUAUAUGACCAUCAAACGCAAGACCAAGUUGAAGCCUCCGGAGAUCAUGACUGUUAACUUAGCCAUCUUCGAUUUUGGGAUAUCAGUGACAGGAAAGCCCUUUUUUGUCAUAUCUAGUUUCUCCCACCGCUGGUUGUUCGGCUGGGAGGGCUGUCGGUUCUACGGGUGGGCAGGUUUCUUCUUCGGCUGUGGGAGCCUCAUCACGAUGACGGUGGUCAGCUUGGAUCGAUACCUCAAGAUCUGCCAUCUCCGAUAUGGCACAUGGCUAAAGCGCCAGCACGCCUUUGUGUGCCUGGCCUUCGUAUGGAUUUAUGCAGGCUUCUGGGCCACCAUGCCCCUGGUCGGUUGGGGGAACUAUGCCCCAGAGCCCUUUGGCACCUCCUGCACACUGGACUGGUGGCUUGCUCAGGCCUCCGUGUCCGGCCAGAGCUUUGUCAUGGCUAUCCUGUUCUUCUGUCUCGUCCUCCCCGCCGGCAUCAUCGUGUUCUCCUACGUCAUGAUCAUCUUCAAGGUGAAGUCCUCCGCAAAGGAAAUUUCACACUAUGACGCCCGCAUCAAAAACAGCCACAGCAUUGAGAUGAAACUCACAAAGGUGGCGAUGCUGAUCUGUGCCGGCUUCUUGAUAGCCUGGAUCCCUUAUGCAGUGGUGUCAGUGGUGUCAGCGUUUGGCGAUCCAGACUCGGUGCCCAUUCCGGUGUCUGUUAUUCCUACGUUGCUGGCCAAGUCGGCAGCGAUGUACAACCCCAUCAUCUACCAGCUCGUGGACCUGAAAAACUCAUGUUCGAACUGCUGUUUGAAGGUCAUGAAGAAACGUAGGCAUUUUAGAAAGUCAAGGUUUUACACCAUCUCCGGCUCAUUAAAGGACACACAACCAGUCAAAGAAGCUCACAUUGAGAUGUGACACAAAGACUUUAGACUGUGUGACCUCCUUACCUCUUCAGCAUUGGACAGCUUGCCUUUUUCCCUGCCCUCUGUGCCCUACACUAAACCCAUCACAUGCUGCCUCUCAUCCGGUGUGAUGUCAUCAACCGCUCAUCCUCGCUGCCGGUGUUUCCCGAGUCUUGCAUCUUGGUCGCAUAUCUGUGUGCUUUUCUCAGCUCCCAGCAUCCUCUUCCUCGGAAACGCAUCUUUUCCACCCGAGGCUUUCCUUAAUCUGUGGAUUUGCGUUGUUUUUGCGGUGGUUACGACAUACAGGUGAUGUGAUGUGUCAGUUUCUUGACUUCAUAUUUCAGUAUUACAGACACGCCAACACUGCCAAUGCUACGAAUCAACAAUGUUCCGGCAAGACGACUUGACCCGAAAACUCAAAGUUUCCAACCAAAGUCAAUUCACAUCUUGAGCUUUCUUUUUUCUUUUUAAUCCAAAGCUCGCAAAAGUUGAAAAAUGCUACAAAAUUUUCAAAGGUUAUGUGUUUUCAACAAGAUUUUGAAAGCUGAACUGCAAAAUUAGAAACACAUCUUGUGAGCCACCUCAGAUUAGGUUUGGGUGUAUAUGUCAAGCUCAGAGUUGUAUUUUAUUGUUUGUACAGGCUGUUGUCUUUUGUAGUCCCACACCUGUUUCUUGUAUAGAGUAGAUUUAUUAAUAUAAUAUCAAAAGGCACUGGAUCACACUUGCUUCUGUUCUUAUUAGCUGUUACACUGCACAGAAGAUGUUACGCCACUUUAAUCAGUGAAAUGAAGGCUGUGGCCUUGCAUUUACAGAAUGUCAGCAUUUUGCAGCAUUGAUGAAAAGCUAUGUAUUCCAGAGAUGACUCAUUACAAGGUUGUGACACUACCAAGAAAACAAACACAUAAAUAUUGAGUGCACUUUACUUUCCAUUCGGUAUGCACUGAGGACGCUUUCUUGUGACACUUUUAUAUGUAGUAUAUUGUUGCAGAGAAGUGGUAAUAAAUGUUGCAUUUACUUAAAGAAACAACUCCUUCAUAUUUCUGUCUUUCUGUUGGUGUCUACAGUUGUGACCAUGAGCACAGGAACAAAUAUGGUUAAUUCAGGGAUCAUUUUAAAUGUAUUUAUUGUUGGUUUGUCUUUUUUUUAAGAGAUAAGCUUAUUUUCUGUCUUGCCGAGAACAAGACGAAAAGAUCUCCUGAUCUCUGUUAAGUUUGAAACUGUAGCCAAGAAACUGUUAGCUUAGCAUAAAGACUGGUAGCAGAUGGGAAAGAUGAGCAGAGAUAUCUGCAAAGUUUAAAUAUAGGUUCUUCACUCAAAUUAAAAAUUCUCACUAACAAUUUAUAUCGUGCUUGUUUAAUCCAUAUACAAACUAAAAAAUAAAACAUGAAAAGUAGCAUUUUUUGUGCGGAAAUUGGGUGGCUGAGCACAGACAUUUUCACUUUCUGUUUGUGGAUUAAACGAAAAGAUGUUAUGCGUUCAUUAGUGAGAUUCACUGGUGCUGAUGGAAUGAAUUCUACCCGUCUAUUCAUUACCAGUUCUUAUGCUAUGCUACACAGACAGCAAGAGAUGGUCCCACAACAUCACCUGCAAGUUUAAAAGCUAUUUUAAAGCAUUGUGAGAACAUUUAUAGAACAAGAAGGAGUCUAGCUGAAAUGUCGUCUAUCAGCUGCUGGAUGUAAUUGAGCUAGCACCACUGAGACUUGCAAACUAAUCUGCUAGCAUGUCUACUGCCAGCUAACCAGGCAUGUGGGUUCUGUAAAGCAUCUUGAGACAAUUUGACCUGUCAUUGGCGCAAUAUAAAUAAAAUCUGAUUUAAAAAUUGAACUGCUGGUUCUCUAAUAAUGAAACUGUUAUACAAAAAUUGACAAACCUUUUAAGUUUAAGACCUCCGUCAGUGUGGUUUUCAAAAUAUGCCUAAUUUGAGCAGUCUAUCGGGAAUCUCUGAAAGAUCUUUUUAUCCAACUCUUGGCAAGAAAGUAGACGAGCAAAUUUCCAAACUAGUAUUAUAAUUUUACUUGGUUGAGUGUUUUCCCUUUUGCACAUGCCUUGGGCCUCAUUCAUGAAAAUGUUCUUUAACUUUGUGUUUAAUGUUCAUGUAUGCACAUUUCUGGAAUGAAGAUAAGCAAUAUUCAAAAAUGUGCUUCGCUUGUUCAUGCAUGUCUGUUUUUGCACUUUCACUCCACACCACUGUCAAAUUGUUUGAUCCAUUUUAAUAUCACCGCAAGGGUGAAAGAAGGGGAGACAGAUUCUCUGCUGGUAUACAGAGAACCACUUUAGUGCUCAGAGAGUUCAACGGCAGGGUCAUCUGGAAAUGAAGUGGGUGGAAUGGCAAGAAUCCUGAUUGAAGUCCCAAAGAAAAAAAGCCAGCUCGUAGCAUCAGGGUAAAUCACAGGUCAGGGAAGACACGAUGAAAGUGGAGGCAAACAGAUGAAGACAAUGUGCUAGAUGAAUGACUGCUGUCUAGUGCCAAAUGAAAGUCCUUGAUUACAAAACAAUGUUAAUAACACUCACGGAAAUGUUGGAGUGUGAUCAUCAUUUCUGAAAACACUUCAGCAGGUGAAGUUCAUUUGUCAAGUGAACUUCAGAGGCCACUUAAUAUUACCACAUCAGCUUCUCCUCUACAAGUUUUGCUGCUUGAAUCACAUCUGAUUAUGCAGACUGUUUAGUCAGAGCAUCUAAGCUUUUAAAGGUCAGGAAAAGUCCCCUGAUUUUAGCUGCUCAAACCUCAAGUUCUGAAUAAGACUGAAUACAAUCUGAACCCAUUCAGGGACCAGAAGUGACAUCUUUUGUGUGAUCCAUUGAAGAAAGUUUGGCAUUUUGAGAAAAACACAAAUUUGUGUUAUGACUCUAUUCAAAGCUCUAGCUGAGAGGCAUUUACAGUCAAGAACAAAAGGUUACAUUCACUUAUAUGCCCAGCAGACUUUGUCAUAUUUCCAGCAGGCCUCUAAAACAUCUGUGAAGAACCAAAAUGUCUGCUUUUUGUGACAAAGAAGCUUAUGUUUAAAUGAAUUCAGUAAUAGAAGUCACUGGAAACUCAAGAUUGUCUUGAUAUACAUGGUCUUUACUAGCCUAGCUGCGCUAGACAACCCACGGCAACGCAUUUAAUUCUCUGCCAUGGUCGGUCUAGUUACCCUCAGUAAGCCUCGAGGUUGGAUUCUCCUAAAACUGGCCGACGAAUCACCAUGAAGUGUAGAGUCACAAGGCGGGCGUAACUAAGUGACGACAGAGGCGCGACGAUUCUGACAGAAACAACCGGAAACAACCAUAGAAACAAGGAUAGACAAGAAGAUGUCUGCGCACAAUAAACAAUUAUCUUUCGACUCGGCUUUGGCCACAUCCCUUAACCCCUUAGUUCCUGAGCCCUGUUUUUGAGGCACCUACUCUUAGUCCCUACAGCCCCUGCCGGCGGGGGCUGUAGGGACUAAGGGGUUAAAGAUUUGAAGCUGUUAACAUGUCUGUAAUAUACUUGAGCUUCACCCAUUGACUGUAUAAAUAAGGCUUCACCGAAUUCCCGCAUCCUCUGAUUUCCGGCGCUCUAGGAACUACGUCAGCCUAUUCGUUGUGCUGAUUGGUUGUAUACCUACCCAAUUGCUGCAGAGUGAUUUGAAAGACAACCUUUUAGCCCACCUCCCUCCCUGUCGAGAGUUCCGAGAGCCUUGUGUCUUCAGACCUAGGUCUAGCGCGGCUAGGCUAGGUCUUCACAAGUCUAUGUGAACUUUUGUUUGUGACUAUAUCAGAAAGACCAAAGCUGUACUUCAGAGCAAAGUUAAGGUUAGAGAGAGAUCACAGUUAUAGCAGAUGAACAAUGGCUAAGGUAGUGAAAAUAUGCUUGGUUUAUGUUAAGGAAAGAUGUCUAUAAUGACGAAUACUAAUACAACAGUUCUUGCUUAUCUGUCACUGGUGGAAAACUCAAGCCAGACGCAUUACAGGCCCAUCCACCACCCAGAACUCCUUUUAAAUUAUAUUUCAGGUCUCUGGAGUCGGCAGAAAUAUCUCCUUAUUGUGAAAGUACAAGUUAGCAAUAGAAUUAAAAUCAAGUUAAGGCAAGAGGAAUAUGUUAACAGGAAAGCAGACUUCACUUCAACAAGUAUCCACUCCAAGCCCUGGAAACUGAUUCCAACUCUUUCUGUAUAGGUGUUUUGAAUUAUUCAACCAUAGGAGAGUUAUUUUUUCUCUGUUCCCUUGAAUAUAUCUGGUUAUAAAUAUAUCUCCCAUUGUGCACAAUGUUGCAAAUUCAUGCAUAAAUGGUUGGCAGAAUCAUUUUUGUCUGUAUUUUUGCAUCAAUAUGGAGAAGUACCUGGAUUUUUCAGGCAUUCCAUUUCUUGGAUUAUCUAAAUACCAGCAAUCCCAUUUGGUUAUUUUAUCCGUAAGGUUUAACAAACAAUCAAACAAAAUAGUCUGUUGUGGUUAUAUACAAAGGGUUAGUACCGGACAACAUCGGAAGCAAACAGCCAAAAAUUAGUAAGACAAAGCAAGCAAAUAAAACACAAUUGCAUUUUCUGGUGAAGUGGGACUUUUUCUUGUCAAGUGAUGAUCUAUUUACUGCUGAAUGCUGGCAUCACUGGUUUGCUAAAUCCUUUGUAAACAUGCCACAUUGAGCCUCUUUUGUUUACCACCAUGUGUCAGCACUCAGUGCUGUGCAGAAGCUGAAGCCUUGAAAGGGUUGAACACGUCUUAAACACCUGCCUGGUUUCCAUAAUGACAGCAACACGAGAAACUCAGGCCCUUCGAGGAUUCUCCAGCAACCCUUAAGUGAUAAUUAUCCUUGCAGUCUAAAUUUAUCCAUCAGUUGUGCAUGUCUUGUAGUGGUCAUUGCUUGUGUUGUGCAACUUCCGUUGUUAUGAAAGGAUGAAUUUCUUUCCUUUUUUUCUGCUUUAACCACAUCUAGCGUAUCUCUUUAACAAUGGAUUUCCGCUCAUGUUUUGUCAAAUGCUACAUUUUGAAGCAAAUGCAAAAUGUUUUAAGAGCUGUUAAGAGUCAAACAGCAUGAGUUUUGGUCAACUUGCAUCAUUGUAAGAAGCUCACUUAUGUGUUCAACCACAUUUUUUUUUCAGUGGAUUUAUAGCAAUUCUUUACAAAAUAUGCAAAACUUGUGAGGUAGUUUGUGGUUUUAGUCAAGUUUGGAAGAAAUGGAAUGUUUAUGUCAAAAACUGCAACAAAAAAAGAGCUGCUCAACUCUUACAUGGACAGUCCUGACCAAAUAUCAGCAAACACAAUGCUUAAGAAAGUCUACCAUUGUUUUCUAUGCGUCGUCAAAUUUGGCACACCUGGGACUCCAUACUGGCGAAGGCCAAUAAUAAAGGUUAAAUACUCAAAGACACAUGGAUUACAUAAUCAAAUGGAGAAUGUUUUCUGUUGUUGUUGUUGUUGUUGUUUUCCAAAAAUCUACCCAUUUCAAAAAACAUUUUAUGGAAACUAAACACUUUUGACACCUGAUGUAAUCCAAUCCAAUGACAGAGAGGGUUCAAAUGAGGCAAUAUUUUGUACAGUAGAUAUAGCAGACUGCACUGUAUUUUUGUAUUUUAUUGUAUUUUUGUAUUUUACACAAUACUAGAUCAGUUGCAGUUUAAAGAAAAUAUAUUCUUAUAAAAAAUAUCCUCUCGAAGGAAUUCAAAAAACGGUGUUUGCUGCAGGGCUAUUGUGUUGGAUUACAUUAUUCCUUUGCUUUGUCUGUCCAGGCCUUUAUAACUCCCCGCUUUCAUUUAAAUGCAUCAUCAAGAAGUAAAAUGUUCUGUGAUUUAAUAUAUUUCCUUAAAUUUAUUUAAAUACAUAUAAGAACUCUGUUUUGUUUCCUGCUCCCUAUGUUGGUGAAUCAAAAUGAUUUGUCAUGUGAUUUCACUCCUGUCUGUAUAAGUUCAAAUGUAGAGUCCAGUUUUCCAGAAAGCACAUUGUUCAAAAUCAGGAUUGAUCCAGCUGAUGCUUAUGCACAGAGGAAAGCGUUCCAAAUCAGGCUGCUGUCUGCAUUUUUUUUUCUCAGUUCAUGUGUGAAAUCUUGCAGGUCCAGUUAAUAAUGAUAACUAUGAAUUUAAGUCGUAACGUUUAUACAGAUGAAAAAUGUGAAAUGCUGAUGGUAGCGUCUGGUCUGCUGUUAGAUGAUGGCGACUACAGUGGUGUCUUCUUUGGCAUCAACUUGAAUCUCAGGUAUCAGUUGUUUUGGUCUGUUUCUAGUCUGAUCUGUGAGGAUGUAUGUAAUGUAAAUGAAUGCUGUUUUUCAUCUUUGUUUACAAAUUGAAUUGCUGCUGUGCAUUCAUUGUAUGUCAUUUCCAUUUGAUCUAAAUUCUACAACCUGUAUAUUCAACUACACAGAAAACAGCAGUAUUACUUCUGUCAGAAUUAUUUAAAUUCAGUAAAAGAUAUGUCAGUAUUAAUCUAUCAUAAAAUAUUAACACCCUGAUAUAAAAGGCAAUAAACUGUCUAAUUUUUUGCUGCUCCAUAUUUCAGGAUUUGAUCGUUUAACUUGUUUUAGGCUGUUUUAUAUAAAUAGCUAAAUCUUAAAAUACUUAUUUAUUUACAUGAAUGUUUUCAAUUGUCAAAUUUUACUAACUCAGGUUAGUCUUUACUUUCCAGAAAAAUUGUCUUAUGCCUUUUGUAUUAAAAAGCAAUAAAAAAAAAAAGAAAACCUGAGCCCAAUUUAAUACCACAAUACAGUUUUUAGCAUCAUCCUAGCCAUUAAUGUGUAUUAAUUUACAUCUGAAAGUAGUCCCCGACAAAUUAACUUUUUACUCCUGUGUACAAAGAUAUCAAUUUAGAACUACAGCGCUUUGCUAUUAUUGGAAACUACACUAAAAUUUUAUUUAUUUAUUUAUUCAGUAUGCGAUGUGUUAAAGAUUUAUAUCAUCAGGUUAACAACUAGGCCAAAUGCUACAGACACGAUAGGGAAUUUCAGUUUGUUGAGAGCAACUUAACACUGGAAAUUUCUUGUACCAAAACUAGCUUGUCGCUUGUUAUUUGCAGUUUUUCUAUAUAAUAUCAAUUUGAAGAAGACAAACUACUGGAGUCAAGUUGCAGUAUAGCUACUAAGUGACAAAACAAAGCCACAUAAAUCACGACAAUAUUCAGUAGCAAGUUAACAAAGAUGAAAAACAGCAUUGAAAAAUCAUUUUUAAAAAAUGUAUAUAUCUCUACACUAUAUUUAUGCUUCAUGGGUGGAUUGGAAUUUACAGUGAUGGUAUCUGCAGGCUUCAUUAAACACAUUACUGAGUAAAAAAAAAAGCAACUUCAACUUAAAAACUUUAUAUCUCCUCAAAGCACUUUUUUGUAGCUUUCUAUUUUGUGUAUUCAUUACACCAGUGGUUCUCAACCCUGUUCCUCAGGACCCACUGUCCUGCAUGUUUUAGAUGCUUCCCUGCUCCAACACACCUGAUUCAAAUGAUCAGCUCGUCAUCAAGCCUCUGCAGAAGCCUGAUGACGAGAUGAUCAUUUGAGUCAGGUGUGUUGGAGCAGGGAAGCAUCUAAAACAUGCAGGACAUGGGGUCCUGAGGAACAGGGUUGAGAACCAUUGCAUUACACCAUGUCUCUGUCACAAACUGUAUUUUCGAAGGACUAUUUCUAAAUUACAAUGCAAACUACUAUUUAUACACCACAAAAGAAAAGUGACAUCAAAUUUGGCUUUUUCUGUCUCCAUAUAUUUUGUCCAGAAACCUCACAAGUGGUAGUAAGAGUGUGCAACAAGUCUGUGUUGACUGUUCUGUACUAUUGUUGUCUGUUGGAAGUAGCACGUAUUGCACACAAUUGUUUCUAUCACCGAUUUUGUAUGGAAAACAUACAGUGCAGCACUGCUUUGCAAAUCUGUUGUGUUCUGUAAAGUCGUGAAUGAAAGUGCAAAUAAAGGACAAUGAACAUUUA